AUGCCCACAUUGGCGUGGUCGGUGUCGUGUGCAUGCUCCGCACACUGGCGUGGCAGUUCCCACAUUUUGUUUCAGCUCUUGGCUGCGUCGAAUGGCGCCAUUGAUUACUCGAAUGGGCUCGAUGCCGUUGGAAUUUCCUGGACCACUGGUUCUUCCUGGGCGCAGGAGAUCGUACGUCUGCGAAGCAGCAAUAUUGCACUCGGUUCGUCCGCAAAACAAGAUGCUGCAAAGGAGCUCAUCGCCUUUCUGGGGGCUCUUGAAUGCGAAUUGACGCAGCGAGUGUGUUUUCGCUCGGCAGAACCUUGGCUGCGAGCCGGCUGA